AUGACCUCAUUACCCAUGUUCAAUGCUGAAGUAUUCAACUCCAUCAAUCAGAAAGGCUUGAUUUUCUUUGUCCGCAACAAUCUGUUGAGCGACAGCGACCGCGCCUUCAAGCACAUUUCUGACUUUAUGCUGGCACUGAUUCUGACCUUGGUGCUAUCCCCCUUCCUGUUCGGCUUGUACGCUUGGGUAUGGAUAGCGACCGACGGCAAACCCAUUUUCAGACAAAAGCGUAUCGGUCAAGAUGGGCAAGUGUUCAAAAUUUACAAGUUCCGUACCAUGCGAGCCGAUGCAGCCGAACAACUGGAUAAAAUCCUUGCGGAAGACCCUGAUGCCCGCGAAGAAUGGGAACGUGAUCGCAAGCUCAAAAAUGACCCGCGCAUCACGCGGAUCGGUCAAUUCCUGCGGCGUACCUCGUUGGAUGAACUGCCGCAACUGAUCAAUGUGCUACGCGGGCAAAUGUCAUUAGUCGGCCCCCGUCCAAUUAUUGAAGAAGAAAUCGUUGCUUACGGCGAAUAUAUCGAUUAUUACCAGCAAGUUAGGCCGGGCAUCACCGGUUUAUGGCAAGUCAGUGGGCGCAAUGAACUGAGCUAUGCCGAGCGUGUCCAGUUGGAUGUCUGGUACGUGCGCAACUGGUCACUGGAACUGGAUUUGAUUAUCCUCACCAAAACUUUUGUGGCAGUCCUCUUACGUAAGGGCAGCUAUUGA